CCAAGCCCUGCUAACAUUCACCUUUAGUAACUGGAUGUGGGUCAUUACUGCCAGUUACAUGAAGGAUUUAAUUUUGAGACAUCUUAACCUGAGGCUGUAUCGCGCACGCUGCACGUGUCUUGUCGUAAAUUCUCAACUUUUAUGCGUGUAAAGGACAACCCCUAACUAGCUUAAGGCAAGAAUUGAAUUUCCACAAGGCUGUUCAAGAAGGGGAGGACGGCCCCAUGGGCAAUGUUGGGUCGACGGAUACGGGGCAACACCAACCGCACCCGCUGCGCCCUGCCGACUUCCAAAGCAACCCUAAACGCGAACACGCGCCGGCAAGUUCCGAUGGUCGUCACAUUACUCGUAUCGUGGCACCGCAGUCCUCACAACAGCAGCGCAUUGUCGUGGACAUCCGCAGCACCGACCUGGACAAGGACCAUGCGCGUAGCAGAGAAUCAAAUAGCGAUCUUGAAAAUGUGUUACGUUCCGCCUGGGGAGGUCUUCAGGCGCUUGGCGGGGUGGUCAUCACCAUCCUAACCAUCCAGAAGCUUUGGGAGGACAUCAUCUUUGUCAGGCUGCUACAGCGCGAGCUUUCCAAGCUUGUGGGUUCGCUCGUGGAUCCUGGCGGUGACGCACUGGUGGAUGAUGGAGACGAAGGCGGCGAGCGCCUCCCUCCCACCCUGCCUCCUCCUUCGCCGCCUCCUCACACCCCUCUCAUGAUGACGACCUGGAGUGGGGCCUGGAGGAACUGAGUGAGCUGCUGGGGGGCAGUGGGAGGGGGGGCAGCGGCCGCGCCAGCAGCGGAGCAGCAGGCAGGAGAAG